AUGGCGAUCGAAGCCCUCGAAGGAGAGCAGGCGAAGAAAGUUCUCAGACAGGUGGGGUGUCCGGAAAGUUUUUAAUGACGACUCAGUUUUGUGUCUGUCUCUCUCUCAAGGGUUUUUCCCCGUUUCAGGUCGAGUUCUACUUCAGCGACAGCAAUCUUCCCCGAGACAAUUUUCUGAAGAAUGCUGUCAGCGAAAACGAAGACGGAUGUGAGUCUUUGCCCAUCGUAUCAUCAGUUCGGUCGAUUCUUCUUUAUUGGGACGGAAGAAUUGAUUUCAGUUGGCUUUUCGUGGAAUGAUUUUUGAUGUCGAAACUGUAUGCAGUGGUCAGCCUGAGUUUAAUCUGUUCCUUCACUCGGAUGCGAGGCCAUCUCGGAUUAGGCACCGUGAAGCCAGAAGAAGUUCCAGAAGAGGUUGUUUUAUCAGUCGCGGAGACUCUCAGAAAAUCUGCCCUCCUGAAAAUUUCCGAAGACGGUACAUUUUCCGUUCUCUUAGACCAUACCACUGACCGUUGAUGCUUAAUGUUGACAUCGAAAAAUAUAUACGACCCAUCCUCGCAUCUUUCCAGUGAAAAGAGACGAAUUCUGCCAUCGGGUCUUUCACAAACUUACCAACUUCUUGUUUGGGAAAAAAAUAUGCAUUAGUCCUAUGAAAUAAUACCGAAAUUCCCCUUAAAAUCCUUGGCUCACACGAAUUGGCAUCUUGCCGUGCUCUCCAUUUAUCCAUCUCUGGCCAUUUAAAAUCGAAUGCAUUGCAAUGAACUAGAGUCAGAAGCGUUUCGCAGUUAUCGGACAGGUCUUUAUGCCCAUGAUCUUACAGGUAAGAGGGUUGGUAGGAGUACUGAGCUGCUGAAGCCAGAAGAGGUUAUAGAGCAGGUGGAUUCAAGGACUGUUGCUGCUUCACCUUUACCAUACGAUGCUAAACUGGAAGACGUGGAAUCCUUCUUCAAACAAUAUGGAAAGGUACUUUGAGUUUAUUUUAGUACUUGACGCCCUUACUGAUGUAAAAAAUGUUUAAUCAAAACUUGGCAUUAGGUUUUCUUAUGCCAAUACUACCAAAGACCAGAGAUCAUGUCUCUCUUAUUCAAUUCAAUAUUUUCUUCCUUUUCUUACUAGUUUUUUCGUUUUUAUCCUUGUGUUUGUUCAAGUUUAGAUGUACAUAUUCGAAAAUGUUAAUUUCUCAUGAAAAUGUGAACAUUUUCCCGUUAUCACCUUUUUGCCAUUUGUAGGUCAUGACUUCUUUCUCAUUGAUUUUGAGUUCUACGGUUACUAAGACCUGAAUAAAUUGCCAAAAUGGAUGUAGAUGACCGUAAUUAUAUAUUUUUUAUGUCUAUCGCUCUAUGGCGCAUUAAACCUUGGUUGCGUCAUUCAGCAGAUAUUGGAAAUUCUGCCAUCAAUAUCAUCCAAUUGGUCGAAAAUCACAUGAACAUUAUUUUUAUCAGUCGUACCAGAAACAUCAAUAGAUUCGCAUGGAUCCCUAACAAAUUUUGGGUUGAUUGCAUAUUUUUAGGGGAAGAAAAACUCCUUGGAGACCUUCCCUUUGAAUGAUGCGACCGAAUUAGGGGUUAAAUACUGAAAAUUAUCAUUAUAAUUAUGAUUUAGUUUUGAUUUUGGUAUUGAAUACUAUACACAAUUUUUAAUCAUAUAUGAAACACUAUUGUUACCAAUAUCGCGUUGCAUAUCUCAUCUAUUUCUUUAUCUGCUAUGAAACCUAAGUAAUGUGUAGAACCGGGGGGGUUCAUGCUACCAUCUGCUUACUAAAAUACCUGAUAACCAGCCUUUACGUCAAGAGGGAAAAAAUCCAAUAAAAUACUCUGCACUCGGUCUGUCCAUUUUUUUUUUCUGGGUUAUCUGUCAGUUUCUAUCUUGGUGAUUCUCCCCUCUAACUUUAAGAUACAGGGCUGUGGUUUUCAUAUUCACUGGCAUGGAAAAUAUUUUACGAUGUAGAUGCACUGAUAUAAGUGGCAGGCAAACUUCGUUCCUUUGAUGUCCCUAGCCAUUGAUGCAUCCAUAUCUCGAUCGCACUUAUGACCCAUCUUUCUGGACCAUUUGUUGAACCUGAAAAUGUGUUCUAUCACCCUAGACUGCAGCCAUGAGGUCCUUAUUUACCGCUGAUCAAUUAUCGUGACGUGCUCUUUCGCAUGAAUUAUUUCAGGUGAAUAGCGUGAGAUUACCUCGCCAUGCUGCAGACAAGAAGCACUUUUGUGGCUCUGCAUUGGUUGAGUUUUCAGAGGAUGACGACGUCCAGAAGAUUUUGACUGAAAAAUUGAUUUAUGAGGGCGCAGACCUGGAGCUGAGGCCUAAGUAAGCAUUUUUAUUUCUCGAUUCUAUUGCAUUUAUGUGAUCAUUAUUCUGAUUAGAUUCUAUUGCAUUUCUUUAGUUCCAUCAUAUAUGUAUAUAUUUUAUUUUAUUUUUUAAAUACAGGAAGGACUUUGAUGUUGAGAGGGAAAAAAUCAGGGAGCACUAUGAAAAUAUUCGUUCCAAGAAGGCUGGAGGUCAAACCAAUGGAGGGUCAGUCCUUAAAACUUUAUCGUCAUGGUUUGUUAUCCACCGUGGUGAUUGAUCUGCCGUUCCUUAUCUGGGUCAUCUUUGUCGAUCCAGCUUCCCAAAGGGAUUGAUCAUCUCCUUCAAGCUAAAGCAUAAAAAUGGACCUACAGAGGAAAGUGCUCCUGACGGGAAGACGGUUGACGGGGAGGUCUCCAACUCCGCUGGACCUUCAAAAGAAGAGAGUGAACAGGAGACUUUGGAGGCUGUUGAUGCGAAUGGAGGCAAAUCUUCAGAGGAUGCGGAUGAGGAGAUCGCAGAAAAUGCGCCUGAAAAGGAGGACGCUGAAGAUAACGCCGCUCAAGAGGGUGAUGAGAAGAGAACCGAAGAGGCAGCAGAUGGUGGUGAGAACCCGCCAUCAGCUGCCGCCAGCAAGGACAUAGUCACACGGGAGGACCUCAGACAGGUUUUCCAGAAAUUCGGAAAUGUGAAGGUACCAAUGUGAUCUGAGGAUUUAUUUUUGCAUACUAAAAUUUUAAAUUUAUGUAAAAAUCUCCCUGCUCAUCACUUUCUUUUAGUAGAAAUAUAAGUUAUUGUUUUAAUUCAUGAGGUAUUUUGCAUUUUUGUACUGUCUUGAUUUCACAAUUCUCUGCCUUGUCCUCGAGGGGUUCUAAAGCUAUUUUUUCUAUAUUUUCUUCCAAGAGAGCCCACAUUCCCUGAUCAUCACCUUCUGCUCAUACAGAUAUUAUCUUUAUUUGAAUCUCUGCAAUAUUUUAUAUUUUGUACUGGUUUGAUAAUUUUCUGCUGUGUGCUUGAGUGAUUCUGAUAUUAUCUUGUUUUUCUGUUUUCUGUCAUGGUAGUACAUCGAUUACAGAAUGGGAGAAGAGUCGGGGUACAUCCGCUUUGAAGAGCCCGAAGCAGCUGUGAAAGCUCGAGCAACGUCUGUGCUCGUCGACGAAGGCGGCCUGGCAGUGAAGAAUUUCAUAGCCACCGUAGAAGCAUUGACUGGUAUGCGUCCUCUCUCUCUUUCUCUCUCUCCCUCCUCCCUCCACCAGCCCAAGCCUGUUUUCCAUGCAGAUUGGCCUUCUAAAAGAUUCCUAGUCUCGGGCUGUUCUCUCUCUCCCUCUCUCCCUCCCUCCAUCAGCCCAAGUCUGUUUUCCAUGCUGAUUGACCUUCUAAAAGAUUCCUAGUCUUGGGCUGUUCUCUCUCUCUCUCUCUCUCUCUCUCUCUCUCUCUCUCUGGGGUGAGUGCAAAUUGCUGGGUUUUCCUCUGUUAGCUCUCUCUCUCUCUCUCUAUCUCUAUCUAUCUAUCUAUUUCUCUCUGUUGCUCCAUCUAUAUCUGGUGGGUGCACAUUUCUGGGUUUUUCUCUGGACCCAAGCUAUUCCUGUGAACUAAUUAAUAAAUUUGGUUGGUAUCGACAGUGGAAGAACAGUCAUCAUCAUCAUGAUGAAUCUCGUGAUUGGUUAUUGUGAUUGAUCACUUGGCAUCGUAUGUGUCUUCAGGUGAAGCUGAGACCAACUACUGGAGCAUGCUCCGGGGCAACCAGGAGAACUACAAGGGGCACAAGGGCGGCCGGGGCCGAGGCGGCAGAGGCGGCCGCGGCGGGCGGCAGUUCGACGGCAAGAGGGGCCGCCACAGAGAAUCCUCAGAUGGCGGAAGGCCCUUCAAAGCUGCCAAAGUUUCAGCCUGA